UUAACUUCAGUGCAAUCUACUUGCACACACGCAUUCUUCAGCUGUGUAUGUAUUCUUGGAUCAAUUAGGUUUUUGGGCAUGGCUUCUACACCCCGCACCGUCGAAGAGAUCUUCAGGGACUAUAGUUCCCGAAGAACUGGUAUCAUCCGCGCUCUCACUCACGACGUUGAUGAAUUUUACGGCCUCUGCGAUCCAGGCAAGGAUAACUUGUGCCUCUAUGGACAUUCAAAUGAGACAUGGGAAGUAUCUCUUCCAUCUGCAGAAGUUCCACCGGAGCUGCCAGAACCAACUCUUGGAAUCAAUUUUGCAAGGGAUGACCUUAGCCGCAAGGACUGGCUCUCUCUUGUUGCUGUGCAUAGUGAUGCUUGGUUGUUUGGCGUUGCCUUUUACUGUGGAGCUCGUCUUAACCGCAAUGAAAGGAAACGUUUGUUUUGUUUGAUCAAUGACCUUCCCACCAUUUUUCAAGUUGUGACUGAGAUGAAGCCUAUGGACAAGCCCACGGUGGAUAGUGGAAGCCAAUCUCAAGGAAGCACCAGAAGAUCUAGAGAUGGACAAAGUAUCCCAGUGUCUGUACAUGAGGGUUAUGAUCAGGGGAAAAUUGUAAUACAAUGUGGAUGUUGCGGUGGAAAUUACAAUCCACGUGAAUUUUGGAUUGGCUGUGAUAUAUGUGAGUGGUGGUACCAUGGGACGUGUGUUAUGCUUACCCCUGCAAAAGCUGAGACCCUAAAGCAAUAUAAAUGUCCAUCGUGCCACUUGAGGCGAGGCAGGUAUUAGAUUGAAGGCAAUUGAAUAGGCACAUGUGAGGUGGGUGUUGUUAAGUCACUCACUCACUUAUAGAAGAAUGUAAUAGGCAUAGUUUCAAUGUCUAACAAAACAUUAAUUUCUCUGGGAUUAAGUUUGUUUUCAUCAAG